UUAUUAUUAUUAUUAUUAUUAUUAUUAUUAUUAUUAUUAUUAUUAUUAUUAUUACCCUUCAGGGGGGGAGAUGUUGGAAGGUUGUAGAGCAGAAAUGCCCACUUCCAGGUAACUCUGAAUAGUGUAAAUUAGAAAAGAAAGAGUGUCAUACAUAACAAACUAUUGCGGAUGUAACCUAAUAUACAACUCAUUUGGGAGAAAUCCAUCGCAUUCUAAUAUAGCCCUGCCGAGCAAACGGAGGUUUGUUUUGUAAUCAUCCCGAGGCGUGACGGAUAAAUCCUGAUCGAUCCGGUUCAAAAAGCGUCCCUACCCUGCUUUGCCACCUGCGGCAGUCAAGAGCCGCAAUUGUUGCUAUGCGCAGCCUGGAUCGCGUGCGUGUAUAAACUCAGCAAUGCGCUUCAAAAAGACUCACUUGGAUGGAGGAGACCUGGUCAACAUCACUCAAACCUCCUUGUUUGUAAAAAGGAAAAUACUAUUCGUGUAAUUAUUGUCAUGAUUGGGCAACACUGCAGCCAUUGGAGGCCCCUUGGUGAAAUUGAUAACGUUUGGGAAGCAGUAAAGUAUCUCACAGAAGAGACACACAGCUGUUCAUUAUUUAACACCUGUGCGAUGUACGAGUGACGAGUCCAUGGGCUAGUGACAUACUCUCAAGAUUUGGAACUGUAACAUUGAAGAAAGAAAGAUUAUAAGAUCCGCCAUGAUGUUUCUGGUUCAGUGGACUCCCUAUCAACGCGCCGGCUUCUGCACCGUCAUUGUUUUGUGUUCACUCGCUGUUUUCUUUGCGUACAACAACGUCAACAUCAACUCGAAUUAUGACAUCUUCAAAAUUCUUCGCCCUCCAGGCAUCUCUGAAGAGGUCAACGGAAAUUACUCAGAGGUCCAAGUUUUUGAGGAGCAAAUAAGGCAGGAGAUGAGGAAUCUCACGGCGGUGCCCACUAAUAGGAUGAUAAUAUUGAUCUGGUUGUGGCCUUUCAAUUACAAAUUUAGCCCCGAAUGCAUUGGAUCGGAUUUGAGCGGACUACACUUUACCGACAACAGAUCCCUGUAUAACCAGGCUCACCUGGUCUUCUUCCAUCACAGGGAUAUCCGGACUGAUCUUUCCAAUAUGCCCAAGGAGCCACGACCAUGGUUUCAGAAAUGGGUGUGGAUGAACAAAGAGUCCCCUGCUAAUUGCCAUCGAAUACCUCAGGCCACUAGCCUGUUCAAUUUAACAAACAACUACAGGCUGGAUUCGACGGUGCCAGGACGAUACGGAGAAAUAGCUCAACGCAAAAACGCCAAGGAUGAUUUUAAAUUACCAGCUAAGGACAAACUGGUAUGUUGGAUUGUUAGUAACUGGAACCAAAAUUACAAAAGAGUCCAUUUCUACAAUGAACUGAAAAAGCAUAUCCAUAUUCAUACUUAUGGGGCCGCAUUUGGAUUGAAAGUUAGCAGAGAUGAGGCAGUCCAGUUAAUUACUAGCUGUAAGUUCUACCUGUCCUUUGAGAACUCUAUCUUUAAAGACUACAUCACAGAGAAGGUUUACAACCCCCUGUCAAUGGGAACAGUGCCAGUUGUUCUAGGCCCUUCUAGAAAUAAUUAUGAGGAGCACAUUCCUGGUGGUUCAUUCAUCCACUUCGAGGACUUUGAUACUCCAAAGAAGCUUGCUGACAGAUUACACUACCUCGACCAGAAUCAAGAAGAGUACAUGAGUUACUUUCUCUGGAGACGGGAAUUUGUGGCCAAACAUGGAGGGUGGGGCAUGGAUGUUUGCCGUACAUACAAAUAUAUGAAAAACGCCCCUGGAUUCCAAACAAUUAACGAUCUAAACAAAUGGUUCUGGGGUUAAGAAAAAAGGGUUAGGGCUAGGUUUGCAUUUUUGGAUAAACCUUUGGGUAAUAAUUUGCCACCUUUGGGUGCAGUACCACGAUUGGGUUUAUUAGUAGUUGGGGGUAUUGGUAUCCACCUAAUAAUAGUCAUAUGUUUCUUUAUACAAUAACGAAAUGGUCAUAUAAGAAAAAUGGGCUAACUGCUCCAAUUUUAUUAGCCAAUAUUCCUCAAAUGGAACUAAGUAAAACAAAUUCUGUUCUAUGAUUUUUGUGAGGCUUGGUUUUAAGAUUUUAUGUGGUGAUUUUGGUGAAUUUUAGAUUAUUUUUGUAGCCUGUGAAUCAUUUUAUCAUGUUUAGCUUUGAUAUGAAAUUGUGGGAAAAUUAUACAUUUUUAGGGCAUAAGACCCGGGUUUUAUAAACGCUUCUGUUUCUAGAGAUUAAUAUUCUGAAAGAAUUUUGAGUCCCGGUCACUCUGGUGAGGAGAAAUAAGCCUAAUUCAUGAUUUUUUACAAUAGCGCUACCUUUGGGUGCAGUACCACAAAUUUGGGUUUAUGGUAGUGGGGGUUAUUGAUAACAAUGCCUGAAAGGCUUAAGAGUUUUCGACUUACGGUAUAGGCUGCAGUAGGACUUUUGCAUACUGCAGCCUUCGCUGCUUGGACCCCUGGGAGGGCAAGAGUCCAACUCGCGAUGGUCCAAACCCCCCCCCCCCCAGGAUUCCUUGCGGCACCCUGAACGGUGGCCACAAUAUGUUUAUUUAAUAUAGCGCCUUUCUCAUACUCAAGGUCGCUUUACAGUGUCAUGAGCUCACACAGAACAAGACGGCACAGCAAAAAAUAAAGAUAAAAUAAAAAUAAAAAUUAAUAAUAUAUACAAUGGAAUGAAUGGAAUGGAAGGGAAUAGUAUAGUCAAGCUUUCUUUGGGAUAAUCAUUUAUAAUAUUGGACAAUCAUGGAUAAUACAUGUUUUACGUUGACCUGAUCCUACUGUUGGCAGGUUUAGGGGGAUUUUAUAUUAUUCCUUUUGCCUUACUCCUUUUUAUGCACCUAUGUAUUCGAUUUUCAUUACGAAAACUGUAUUUUGUCAAUGUAAAUGUGAGCAUAUAUUUAGUCAGACAUGUUCGAUGUUCAUAGUUGAUUAAAGUUCUGAUAAAACAUAAUUUUGUUGGGUUGUAGAUGCAGUCCUGGACCUCACCUCCUCUUCUCACACAUUGUCUGCGCUACAUUUAUUUAAAAAAUGAGUCAACCGUAAAAUAAUUCCAAAACCCCUGUGCACCAGUACUACAAAAUAAACACUGGAACACGCACCCAUGCACGCGCACGCGAACAAUCGCGCGCACACGCACACGCACACACACACACACACACACACACAAUUCCAAAACAUGGUGCAAAGUCUCUUACCACAUGAAUAAAGACAGAAGAAAAGGUUUUCACUUUUAAUAUGAUGAAUAUAAAUGAAUCAAAGGCGCAGAUUAAUUUCAUGGCAUCUAGCCAACCAGACUUGGCAGAAAUCAAAUGCUCAAUAUCAAUUGGUGUAUAAUCCCAUGCAGUUAAGAAUCGUUUUGUUUUCUAUACAGAAAUUGUUUAAAAAACAAAACGGUUCUAGAGAGAACGAAGCCAUAACGAACAAACGGCCCUAGAGAGAAAGAGUUUAUAAUUAAAUCAAAUAAAUGAGUUAGGCUAUAGGAAGGAGGGGGGCGUGUUAUCCCCAUGGCUAAGACACCAUUUUUGGAACUUUACUAUGCGGAAUAUAAAAGCGCCAGACACCGUGGCAUUAUACUAUUAAUGACAGAGAAGCUUAACGCUCUCGGAAACAGACAUCAUAAUGAGCUGCUGGCCAGAUGGGGUUCCACACAUACAAACACACCGUG